AGAGUUGAGUUCCUUCUCCAUCCUUCCAAUCUUUGAAUCAAUUGCAUAAAAUAUUAAACCUUUCAAUUUUUGGGCGGUACCUUUUUGUUGAGAUUUUGAAGGUCGUUACUGGUUAAUGGCAGAUUCCGUAGAAGAACUCGAACCUCUGUUCGAUUAUAGGCGCGUUCAGCCUCUCAAUUUCAUUUGCCUCGAUGAUGAUGGUUCUGAUAAGUCGCCAGUUCCCUCUCCAAAACGAAGGAAAACUUUUCAGAACCCAAAUUCUGUGGCUGAAGAAGUUGAUGAUGACUUGAUAGUGAUAGGAGAGAACUGUAAAGAUAAGGACGAGGAGGAUUGGCUACCUCCUCCUCCCAAAGUUUCCGGUGAUUUACAAAAACGGCUUGGUGAAGAUUCCAUUGUAAAGGAGUUGAGGUUAAGGAAGCAGGAGCUGGAGUCACUUGCAAAAUCUCGUGUGGAUGAAGAGUCUGUAAAAAGAGAACUAAAUAGUUCCCUGAAGGCUGCUUUGGAUGCUGCCACUGAGCAACCAACAAAACCUCCUUGUGAAAGAGCUAAAAUAGUAAUUUCUGUUCAAGACAAGGACGAACUUAAACAGUUUCGCAUGUACAAGGAUGACAAGUUUGAACGACUCUUCAAAAUGUAUGCAGAUAAAGUUAAACUUAAUAUUCAAAGCUUAGUAUUUUCCUUUGAUGGGGACAAAGUGAGACCAACAGUGACCCCUGACAACCUGGGCAUGGAGGAUGAGGACAUUAUUGAAGUGCAUGUAAAGAAAAGCUGAAUGAGGUAUGGUAUGACUACACUUUUGGAUUACCAUUCUCUCAAAAGUGUACUCUUAUGAGAUUGAUUAUAUUUUUUGACACAUUUUUUUUUUUUAACAUCAAAUUUUGACAUGUAGCACACUGUUAGCCUGUUCUUUCUUUUUCUUUCUUUUGGGUAUGUUAGGAUGAAUCAAGGGGAAAAAGGAGUUACUUCAAAGUAAUGAAACUCUAAAUUUAGCUAUAGGAACUCUUAUUAAGAAGUUAUAUUACUUUGAGAGAACUGUUAUUACUGUGGUUGUAAACAGGUUACUAAGUUGGGUUACUACACAGGACAUAGGAAAUUAUGUACCAAGUGACUGCAAAAGUUACAAGGAAUGCGAUUACCUUUUCCAGUUUUGGAAGUAAAUAACAGGACUCAUCCUUGCUAAUUAAUCUAUUACUAGACAAGUGAUUCAUACAUUUACAAUUUGCUAACUCUUAUUUCCUUCUUUUUCAUCAUUUUUUUUUACGGUGCUUAUUAGUGGGCCACAUAUUCUCAUUGACCGUGGAUUAUAGUGUAUGGUAAUUUCAGAUUUUUGUUUUGGCUAUAGUUCAAAAACCUGUUUGGCAUUAACUUCUUAUUUCUCCUCUUCGUUGCAGGUGUACUAGCUUUAAAUAGUUAAGCUGUUCAAAUUCUUACUGCUGCUUUCAGAUUGUUUUGUUUGACAGUACAGUGCUAAAAGCAACUUCAUGCUGCUUGUGGGAGCUGGACUUGCCCUAAUUUUUAAUCUCUCCAGAGUUUUUGUCAUAGCUGUAUUUGACUGAUGUAUUUUUUUUUUAAAAGAACCUUAAGUGUACAGUAAAUUUCGAAUUUUGAAGAUGUUUAAGGAUGUUGUUCAUUUAACAAAGCUUAGAAGCUGUUCAAACAUGGAAGGGAUAUAGAUAUUGUCUGUAAAGCAUAGACAAACUCGCGUCUAGCAGCGCUUUCUUUUAACUUUUUCUGGAAAAGGACUGUCACCUAAUUGUUAUCUUAGCAAUGUGGACUUUUUCAUUAGUUGCA